GGAAGUAGGAAAUCAGACCCGGGUAGCAGUUCGACCUCUAUCGCCUCGCCGCCGCCCUGCACCCCUGUCUGUCGGCGAACCGGUGAGGACUCCGCGCCCCUUUCGCUCGCCGAGCUUGCCGCACCGCUCGCCCGCUCGCCUCGCGCUUACUGGGCCCUGGAGUUUGUGUCUUCCACUAGGGACCCCAAGCGUGAUAUCCCUCCCAGGGAGGCGCCAGUGGCGAAGGCCAUGGGGGCGGAGCUGCGGCGCGACGACAUGGCGGAGGCGGCGGUGAAGCCCAUCCGCGACUCCGUGGCGUUCCGGUUCGUCGAGCACGUGCUCCAGUCCGUGCGGAUGGAUCCGUUUCUAGUUGACCCAUAUGACAUGGAUCAAUAUAAUAAGAUGGUAAGCACUCUAGACACUAGCAAGAAAAAGACUCCUGAUGAAGAGGCUUUGUAUGUGACGACUUUGAAGGCAUUGUCAGAAGCAGUAUCCAAAAUAGACAUCACGUACCAUCAUUUGCUUUUGAACAAUAUAUUUACCGUCCGCAUCUGGUACUUGCAAAGAGAUACAUUGGAUGCUUUCUUAGACCUAAUAACCAGAUUGGCUGCAGUGGCAGAUCAGUAUCUCAGAGAAUGUUUGCAGAUGCUUGUGAACAACUUUACUCCGCCUCUUGUUCAACGCAAUGAGCUGCCUAGAUGGGCGGUUUCAAGGAAGAAGGAUAUUUUUUUUCAUCUGUGUGAGAGUUUGAAAACAAUCUCCGAUACUGUACCCUUAGCACCAAGGAUAUUAAGGGAUAUAAUAGAUCGGAGUAUGCCGAAGUUAUUUGAUAACAAAGCUAAGAUGGUCUCGUUUGUCGAAUGCAUGUUGGGGCUAGAUACUGACAGAAUGGGGGACCUUAUUGGGGCUACAUUGCUGGCGAAAGUUGUGGAUCUACUUACGGAGUUGGAUGUUAAUAUAACCUGGGAAGAUAUUAUUCAAGGGGAGCAUAACAAAGGUAUAUUUGAAAUGGAGCUUGAAAAUUUGGAUGAGGAUGAGGAUGGCCUUGGACAAGCGGGAACAAAGGUCCUUUUUGGAGGAAAUGCAUGUGCCGAAAAGCUUGACAGUUUAAUGGUUGUUGUAUGCGAGCACCUUAAGUCAUGUGCGGAGCGUGGGUGCCUAGAUAAGGAAUUUGACAUUCUGAAGACUAUAUUUCGAGCAUCUGUGCUGAGGGUGCACAGAUCAAAAUUUUGCCAGUUUAUCAUGUUCUAUGCCUGCUCACUGGAUCCUAAAAUCUGCGGUCUUGGAUUUGCUUUUUUUCUUACCGACAUUUUUUUGAACAAGGAAGAGGAUCCAAUUUCAAGAAUGUCUGCAGUUUCGUAUGUUGGAAGCUAUUUGUCUCGGGCAAGGUUUAUUUCCGCUGAUACGGUUCUUGGCAUACUCAAAAAAUUAGUGGAUUGGUGCGAUGAAUAUUGUGUCCUUCAGAACAGAGGGACCACAGCCAAUCCGAAUCAUCAAAUAUUUUACGCGACCUGUCAGGCUGUGAUGUAUGUCCUUUGCUUUCGCUUGAGAUCUAUUAUGGAUUAUCCGAAUCUUAAAGCACAGCUUUUUCAAUUGUCUUUUGGAUUUAUCUUGAACCACCGACUGGAACCUCUAAAGGUGUGCUUGCCUUCAAUAGUAAACGAGUUCCUGAGACAGGCCAAGGAUGCCGGAUUAUUCGCUGCAUCCAUGUAUUCAGCAGCUGAAGAUGCAAUCGAAUCUGAUUUGUCCAGGGCUUUUGGAGGAAUCAACAGACUUGACACCUUCUUCCCAUUUGAUCCUUACCUGCUAAAAGAAUCAGACAGAUACAUCCGUCCAAAUUUCGAGUUCUGGUCCAUGGUCAAAACGACAUACAACAACGACAAGGACGAUGACGACGAUGAGCUGCUGGACCUUGAUGCCCCUGAAAUGAACGUGGGCAGCUUGGACGAUCAUGUCGAAAUAGAUAUCAACAGCGACGACGACAAGCUGGAGUACUCGAUGAACAAGAUGUCUAUAACCCCGCACCGCUCCUCCUACCACGGGAUGGCCGCGGACGGUGGCGAUGCUGGCCUCAGCAUGCCAGCGAGGAUCAGACCUUCGGCGAGCCCCCCGUCACGGUGGGCCAUGUCAGGCUCACCGUAGGUUGAAGAGACAUCUGAGCCGAGUGUACAACUAGGCAUGCCUAUCAAACUGAUACGGGGAGCUUCCUUUGGUAGUCUGUGUAGUAGGGUUAAACGGCCCAUUCAAUUCGCAAUGUAUUCAAGCCCAAGCAAGUACUCCCUCCAUCCCAUAAUGUAAGACAUUAGUGUCAGAAAACGUUGUACAUUAUGGGACGGAGUAGUAGUACAUAUAUAUUUUUUGGGUUGAAAGUGUAAGGGCAGAUGUUGCUAGAAAACGCUAGUUGUUGAGUGGCUGUGAGAUUGUAUAUACUGGUGACAGCAGUGCAGUAGUAGGUCCUGUUGAUUCCUGUUUCGUA